GUCUAGUAACGGUGGAGUAGGCUUGCAAUGUGUUUUGAACCAUCGGGCUUUCUGUAUGCAGUGUAGCCUGUCCAAUAAAAUCACGUGGGUUGUUGCUGGUUAGCACGAUACCAACAACAGAAAGACAACGCUAGCAGCAUUUGGAACAUCGUUGCAGAAUAAACAUGAGUCUACGAAAGCAAACCCCGAGUGAUUUCUUGAAGCAAAUCAUUGGGAGACCAGUGGUGGUAAAACUGAAUUCAGGAGUGGAUUACAGAGGUGUUCUUGCAUGUCUGGAUGGCUACAUGAACAUUGCUGUGGAACAAACAGAAGAAUAUGUAAAUGGACAGUUAAAGAACAAGUAUGGAGAUGCAUUUUUGAGGGGAAACAAUGUUUUGUAUAUCAGCACCCAGAAGAGAAAGCUGUGAAGUUUUUCAUGUCAUGGUAUUUGUUUAUGGUUGUAUUUUUGAAUCGCUGUUUAGUUUCUCAGUUUCAGUUUGUGCAACCACUUUUUUGUAAAUUGAAGCACAUUUGGGCAUGUAGCUACAGCAUGAUGCAAUAAAUGAUUGAAUAAAACAAAGGUGUGGAUGUUCCUGUUGGGUUGUCUCUUCCAUGCCAAAAUUAGAACUUGAUGGGAGAACCUACUCCAUGCACUUCAAUUGGAUAACAUUAAAGAGAGACGUUAAAAGUGUCAUGGCUAA